GCCCCCGGCUUCCAUUUCUGAAGUGAAGGGACGCCGCCGCUCUCGCGUAGAGUCCUCGCCUUUUUAUAUACACGUUUAAGUAAAUAAACUAGGUUCUCUGCCGUAAAUUAGGACUAUUGCGUAAAGGUAGUGAGUGAAACAGCAGUCCCUAUUAAUCGUGGUAUGCUGUGUGAGUAGUGGUCUGGACUGUAGCUGGCAUUUUAUUCCCCAUUUUAACUUUACUAAGCGGCGUUUUCCGCCGUUUUUUUUUCUUUUCGCCGCCCCGCUCACUCUACCCCCUUGUGUGUGAGUAGGGGCCUGCAACGUUGGUUUGGCCACGAGGCGCGUUGGUACAGUUGGAACAGGGCGAUGGCGGAGUUCGGUAACGGACUGGCGGAGGAAUCUCUACUAGAUUCAGACCCCGGACAUCCCGAGCUGGAAGACCCGGGUGUCGGUGACGAAGAACCGGGGUUAGAAGAGGGAGAGGCCGCAAUUGAAGACCCGGAGCUGGAGGCAAUCAAAGCCCGGGUGAGAGAGAUGGAGGAAGAAGCAGAGAAGCUGAAGGAGCUACAGAACGAGGUGGAGAAACAGAUGAAUCUCAGCCCCCCACCAGUCGGCCCCGUCAUCAUGUCCAUCGAGGAAAAGAUGGAAGCAGAUGGCAGAUCGAUUUAUGUCGGAAAUGUGGACUACGGUGCCACGGCAGAAGAGCUUGAGGCUCAUUUUCAUGGCUGCGGUUCAGUAAACAGAGUCACCAUCCUAUGUGACAAAUACACAGGGCAUCCCAAGGGGUUUGCCUAUAUUGAGUUUGCAGACAAGGAGUCUGUUAGGACAGCCAUGGCUUUGGACGAGUCCCUGUUCAGAGGAAGGCAGAUAAAGGUGGGCGCUAAGAGAACAAACAGACCAGGCAUCAGCACCACAGACCGCGGCUUUCCACGGGCUCGGUUCCGGUCACGGGGAGGAAGCUUCUCAUCACGUGCACGCUACUACAGCGGCUACACACCACCCAGAGGCAGAGGACGGGCCUUCAGGGGCCGAGGGCGAACAACAUCGUGGUAUUCCCCUUACUAAACACCCCCCCCUCCCCUCCCCUCCCUACCCAACACUCCCUUACUAUCAUCCCUCUCCCCCUCUCUGUUCCCAUUUAAAAGAAAAAAUUAAAAAACACACACAAUGAGAAAAAAAAGUCCUCCCCCCCUCUCCCCAACAAUAAAAGAAGAGAAUCCCAGAAGAGAGAAAAAAAGACAAAAAAGGAAAAAAAAAAAAAAAAACACUUCUCCUGGACAGAGAGACUGACUGGCCGCAGUGUGCGAUUGUGUGUGAGCGUGCGUGUGCGGAGGUUGAUGCGGUCGCCCCUGGUAAGGUAUAAGUUGGCCAUUGGGGAGAGAGUAUAACGGUGGCAGAUCUGUUUGUUUUUGUUGGUUUUGAGGGGCGGGAUUGUUUGUGGGGAGGAGGGAGGGGAGGGGGGGGGGACAGAAGAUGAUGGUAUCUCAGGCUGCAGAUGUGUCUCCUUUGGUCUGGCUGUGACCUUCCUGCUUUUCACACCAUCACCAACACAGCCCACCCACUCACCACCCUCCACCAACCAACCAACCACCACCACCAAAACAAGAAAAAAAAAAAAAAAGAGAGAGAAAAGAGGAAAAAAAAAAAGACGUGGGUGGAAACAGCAACAAGAAAAAAAAAACUGUAUUCAUUUUUGUUUUUGUUUUAAUGUAUCCGCACAUAUGUGAAACUUCCACUAGCCAGAGUAUUUGUUGUGUUUUAAGUUUGUGGUUUGGAGUAUAUCAUUACCUCCCCUCCCCAUCCCUCAACCCCUUCUGUGUCCGCCGUUCUCUGCCCGUCUCACCCCCCUCCCCUCCCUGCAUUUUAUAUCAUGCUUUUUCCUACUCCCCUACCCUUCCUCUCUCCUCCUCCUGCUCUUCUUUGGCUCAUCACACCAUGGAUUGUUUUUCUCUGUCCACUGCUCUCUGGGCAGUGAUGGACCUUCAGUGUUCAGUGGGAUUGGACAUACAUAGAUUUUUUUUAAUUAUUAUUUUUUUCCCUUCCUGUGGGCGGGG